AAGUCAGUGCGAGUGGCUGCUACAGUUGGAUAGACAUCAAUUAUAUAUUUAUGUCGUCCGACUGUCAUUGUCAGCUAAUUUAUUGCCCAUGUAGAGAUUUAAAGACCUCUCUCUACGUCUUCUCUUGAUCUCAGGUACUCCGAGGAUGGAUUUCUUCAAUUCAAACAGAGAGAACAAGUAUGGGAAAAGAGCAGGAUUGUUCGGUCAGAAAAGUGCUAGCAAGAGCAACCCCUCAAGCCCUCCUCAUCCCACAGAGGCUCUAUCAUCUCCGCCAGUGACUCAUUUCGGCAUAAAAAGAUCAGAGUCAGAGUAUGCCUUCCCAGUCUCUGAUGACCACACCACUCACUGGAAACAACAACAGCAUGCUUCUGAACGUGUCCCUAAUUCCCGCCAUCGUCCUCCUAUCUACAGACACAGCACGCCCGAUCGUCCAAGAGAUAAUGGUAAAGAACGAGGGGAGGACAUGUCUUAUGACCCUGAUGCUGACGUGACCCCAAGGAGCAACCCUUCUAUGAGCCCCUUUCGCUCUGCAAGAACCCGCACACCUGAUCGCCGUAGGAGGUCUAUGGACUUUAGCAGAGAGCUCUACGAGAGAAUGUAUGAGGCAAAGGCCAAUGUGAGCCCCUUUCACCCCUCCAGAAGCCGCUCUCCAGCUCCCUACAACACGCAUGAUCGAGGGAGAGACUACAGCAGAGAGAGGUACGGGGCAGAGGGCCAUGUUACUUCACGGAAGAGCGCUCCUUCAAGUCCAUUUCAUCCCUCCCAAAGCCCUCCACACACAAGAACAAUGCCUGUGAGAUACUACAGAGGGAAAGAUGAUUUUGAGGGGAUGUACGAGGCGGAUGGAGAAGAUGUUACACCUCGUGGCAGCCCACCCAUGAGUCCUGUUCAUGGAGCCACAAGCCGGUCUCCACCACCACCAUUCUACUCUUCCAGUGACGACGAAGACAACAAUUCCACCUACCUCUUUCCAGAGAUUGCCCCUGGACAUCGUUCCAGGAGAGUCUCAGGAAGCAGCACGCCGGUUCACUACAACUACGGAUACCAGAUCACUGCAUCUGAAACCUACGAGCAAGAUAGACAGUUUGAGACGCCCGAUCUGCCUGACGAGUCUGAAAGCUUCACUAUGCGGGAGAUCACCAAAAUGCGAGGAAUUGAUAGAAGCUACGAGGCAAGCAUGGAAGAAAAACAGUUUGUGAUCUCUGAGGCAUACGUCUCCGUAGCCAGUUACAAGGUGCGUGAGAGUGUCUCCACCACGCUCCAGACAAUUCUGGACAAACAAGGAGAUAUCGCCUCCUCCUCAAAGCUUCAAUCCAGCUCAACAAGGUCGUUUUACCUCGAAUCCCUAGCCACAGCAGUGAUGGAGUUGAAAUCGACGGCACUGAGAGAUCUGACGAAGUACCGUGUAGCCGAGAUCGAGGCAGUGGUGAAGGACAUGGAUUUAGUCAAAAUCGACGUGUCUUGGCUCAAAACAGCAGUCAAAGAACUGGUUGAGGCGGUGGAGUGUUUUGGACGGUACGACGCGGCUAAGAUGGAGAAAGAGGAGUGCAAUAGGGGUAUGAGAGAGGGGAAGGAAGAGAUGGAGGAGCUGAGGGAGGAGUUGAGGAGGAGGGAGAAAGAAACGAAGGAGUGCAGAGAGAGGGUGACGGAGAUGGCAGGUAGGCUGGGGAAGCUAGAGAUGAAGGAUUUGAGGGUGACAAAGAAUCUGGAGCUGUUCAAGAGCAAGGUCCAUAAAUUUGAUGGCGAAUAUGUCCUUGCAGAGGUCUAAAAUUCGAAUGUUCUUUCUACAUCCUACGGGCAAUUUUACUAAAUUGAAGUUAUUAUUAAAA